AUGCUGAUCCGUUAUCUCCAAUCCAUCUUCAUCUCAUGCCUUGCCCUAGCCCAAGAUCCGCAUGGUUCAUACUCUGGGACCGAGCAGUCCUAUGGUUAUCUGAAGUUGGUGUAUACAUUCUCCAACGGUGCUGAAAAGGUGAAGAUUGGUUUUUCUUGUGGGUCGGGCGCGAGACCGACUGAGAGGACUUUCCCUGUCACAAAGAAGGAGGCGACGUACUACGAAGUGCAGGCUACUGUACCGGGGAGUUUGACUCCAACACCCAAAUGGAAAGCAUUCCUAAACUCCUUCACACAAAGAUGCCCGAAAUACGCGAAUCUCGAGGGAACGGAUCUCGUACAAAUGGACUACGAUGAAGCGAAGAAGACUGUGUUGGUGACGGUCUCCGGAAUAGAUAUGACGCUGAAACACGAAUAA